CGCAAUCCACAGGAUCCACAAUAAAAGCUGAAAACAUGGUUGACCUUGCCCAGCUAAUGGAAAAUGAAGUAUUCAUGGCAUUUGCCUCCCAUACAAUGAUUGUUAUUUCAAAACUGAUGUUUCUGAGUACUGCAACUGCAUUCUGUAGAUCGUCAAGAAAGGUUUUUGCCAACCCAGAAGACUGCCAUAGUAAAGUAUCACAAAUUGGGUGA